CUUUGAAGUAAUCAUUCAGUUAAAAUUUGUGUAGCUGGGUAGAACAUAGUCAAAGACAUGAACCUAGUAAUUAUUUUUGAACGAAGAAGAGGAGUAGUGUCAGUGAUAAAAUGUCAAUUACUGUGAUUUGACAGUUUCAGUCCAAUUUUAAUUACAUUUUAGAUUAAUGAAUCCGUUUACCAACUUUUUAUUUUAUUAAUUACAUCUAAAAUGUCGUCGCCUAACGACCUGAAGAAUUCAGAGCUUCUAAAAAGCGAAGUCGAAAGAUUAACUAGAGAAUUAGACCAAGCCAGUAGUGAAAAAGUACAAUCAGCCCAAUACGGUCUAGUUUUACUUGAAGAAAAGAAAGAACUUCAACAAAAAUGUGAAGAAUUUGAAGCUCUAUACGAAAAUACAAAACAUGAAUUAAAUAUUACUCAGGAAGCUCUUGCUAAGUUUCAGACCAGUCAUAAGGUAACUACGAAAACGGGAAUUGAAUCUGAAGAAUCUUUAUUGAAUGAAUCGGCAGCUAGAGAAUCGUCCUUAACUUUACAAAUAUUAGAAUUAGAAAAUGAAGUUAAACAGUGUAGGCAUGAGUUGGAAAGAGUUACUGCUGAACGAGACCGAAUGCUUCAAGAAAACAAUGACAUGGGUAAAGAUAAAGAAGACAGAAACAUGGAAUGUAAAAAAUUACGUGCUGAAUUAAGAGAAGUAAAAUUCAGGGAAAAUCGUCUCAUAUCAGACUAUUCAGAACUUGAAGAAGAGAAUAUUGCCUUACAAAAACAAGUUUCUGCUUUGAAGAGUUCACAGGUUGAAUUUGAGAGCUUAAAACAUGAAAUAAGGAGAAUGCAAGAGGAAAUGGAUUUGUUGAAUUUACAGUUAGAAGAGGUUACUAAUUUGAAAAAAAUUGCAGAGAAACAUAUGGAAGAAGCUUUGGAAUCAUUACAGAGUGAACGUGAGGCAAAAUACGCCUUGAAAAAAGAACUGGACCAACAAAUCAACCGUGAAUCAUUCUAUAAUAUCAACAAUCUAGCGUAUCGCAUUCGCGGUAUGGCUGGUGAAGAUGCGGUUAGUAGUGACUGCGAAGACGAUCUUCCAGGCUUGAAACACAUCGAGGCGACCAUUUGCAGCGAAGUGCAAUCUCCGGACGGCAAGCAAGUGGACCUUUUCUCCGAAGUACAUCUUAAUGAGCUGAGAAAGUUGGAAAAGCAGCUGGAGAGUUUGGAGAAGGAUAAAUUGACAUUGACACAGAAUUUGAGGGAGAACCAAGGUUUGAUUGAGAAGAGCCAAGGGGAAUUGCAGGUAUUCGUGGCCCGUUUGACCCAAUUAGCUGCCCAUGUGGAUUCCUUACAACACUUAGCCCAAACGGCCGACAAAAAUCUAGCGAAACCAGCAGAAGAAGCAUCUAGGGCUCUCCAGCAAUACCAACAGUGGUUCAAAAUGUCCUCCAAAGAAAUCGAUCUUCUAAAGCGGGACAUCAAAGAACUAGAAAACCUCACUAACAUCUCAGAUUCAACACUUCAGCUCCGUAACGAAAUAACUAACCUUAAAAACAAGUUGUUUGACACCGAACAGAAGAGUAUCGAUCUGGACGGGGAUCUUAAAUUGUUGAGAGAUUUCGCUUGCGAGGCCGGCGCUUCCUUGGAUGAAAGCCAAAAUUCGUUGCAAGGGGUUUCUGAAGAUCUGGCACAGUUGUACCAUCAUUUGUGCACUAUAAAUGGACAGACACCGUCUAGAGUUAUAUUGGAUCACGAAAAAGAAGCACAAACGCCAAUGACUGAAACAGCACCAUCAGCUAUAGGAGAAAUGUCAAAAAUAGAAUUAUUAAGGAGCAGAUUAAAAAAUGACAUUCCAUUACACGAUUUAGAACCAUUAAAUGAUACAACUGUUCUAUCGAGAAAUGUAUCGACCAUUGUUGAUCAGAUUAAACACUUAAGAACAGCUGUGGAAAGUACUAUAGAACUAAGCAAGAAUAAAAGAAGCAAUACUGAUGAUUCAUAUGGAUCUUCUCGGGAUGAGUCCAGUGAAUCGGAAAUUCAGGAAUUGCAAGAACAAGUGGUAAGGUUGAAGAGCUUGUUAUCCACAAAACGAGAACAAAUUGCCACCCUACGAACAGUACUUAAGUCCAACAAAAACACUGCCGAAGUGGCCCUCACCAAUUUAAAGGGCAAAUAUGAAAAAGAGAAGACCAUCAUUUCAGAAACCAUGAUGAAAUUAAGAAACGAAUUGAGGCUACUUAAAGAAGAUGCAGCAACAUUCUCGAGUCUCCGUGCAAUGUUCGCCGCCCGUUGCGAGGAAUACGUCACUCAAGUGGAUGAACUGCAACAGCAACUGAGUGCAGCUGAGGACGAGAAGAAAACUCUAAACCAACUCCUUCGACUGGCCGUACAACAAAAACUGAACAUCACCCAACGAUUGGAAGAGCUCGAAGUCGAUCGGGAGAUUCGGAACGCCGCCCGCCGUCCCAACAACAGAAACUACUCCAGGGGCGGCCGGUCGGGCGGGAGAGACGUCUUUUAGCGGAGAUCGAGGCUAUCUGUUUACGCGCUAGCCUUUCUCACGACUUUUUUUAGAUUAUAGGACGCGCCUCGAAGGCCGGAAGACUGCUAAAAAACAUGGUAAGUUAACUAAACUUUUUCCAGAUUACAAAUUUUUAAACGGUUUAAAUAACAUUUAGGGUAAGGGUAUAAAGGUAUUUUGUAUAAUUUUAAAUACAUUCUUAAUAAAAAUUGUAUCACAUCGAUUAACAACGAUGAUUUAAAUUGCUAAAGAUAAAACCACCAAAUUGUUUGAUUUCUGAUAUAUAAGAGCUGUUCUGACAAAAAUUUUGAUGUUUAUAUUGGCUUAAGGCUACAAAAUACUUCUUCAUUCUUUGAAACCAUCUUUUAAAAAUGGUGAAACAUUUUUAUUAAGGCAAGUUAUGAAGGAUUUGCUGAAACAUAUUUAUGCUUGAAAGUGAGAGGAAAUAAAAUGCUUGAAAUUAAUGAAAGAUAAAUAUUGGGGGAAAAUUUUCAUCCUCGUAAAAAUUCAUGUUCUUGAAAUCAAAUUCACCAAAAUUUGAAGGGAAUUUUCUUUCAAAACUUUCUUCUACUUUUUGGUAGAUAAAAUAGAAAUAAUGAGAGAAUUUAAUUCACAAGCGCAUGAAAUAUGUGUCAUAAUUUAAACAAAACCAAAAUAUAAUCAUAACCUUCUUUACGGUUGUAUGUUUUUAGUGAGAUAUUUUUAUAUAUUUGCAUUAUUUACUUUCCUUUUAAAAGGGGUUUUGGACGCGAAAAUAAUAUUUAUUCGUCCUUUAAGACAAAAAAGAUAUAUCUAGGGCAAGUCAAAGUUAAAAUAUUACAAAUAUAUUACACAAAAUAAAGAUGUAUUUUAAAAAAAAAUCCCUUUAAAGCUACCAUUUCGCAAGCUGAGACCGAGACCAACUUCAAAACGUGUCUGAACACAUGUAAUUAUAUGAAACGCAUUUCGAUAGACGCGACCGACGGCAUCAGAUUUAGUAUGGCAAUAUUUGCUGCCUCACUGGUGUCUCGGUCUCCUGUCGUUUGUCGCGCGUUCUCAAAAUGGUACCUUAAAAUGAGCAAUUUUGUUCACAAUUGGGGUAUAUUAGUUUUACAUGAAGCAGGACUGAACUCCACAAGAUGAACAUCCAACUCAAAAAUUGUCAUUUACACCUAUUGACGCUUCCAUUUUGGGACACAGUGUAUAUUAACAUCGCAGAAAAAUACCGCUAACACAAAACAUAAAUGACGUUAUUUUUUUGUUUAAUUUCUGCACCUUCUUGAAUCGAAUUCACUCGUUAUUUUAAUUGUAUCUACCUAAAAGUAAAAGAAAAUUUUGGGAGAAAAUUCUAGAACAUGAAUUUUUACGAGGAAGUAGAAAUUAAAAAUGUUCUCUGUAUAUUUCUCUUUUCCCAGUUUUAAGCAUUCAGACACUCAGCUCUUUGUUAAUCUUCUAAUGUACACCAACCAGGAUUCUCGAAACCAAUAACUAAUUAUAGAUGAAACUAUUAUGAUAAAGACUAUCACCUCUUCUACUACCUUUGUUUAUAUGCCUAACUUUGAUCUUAUAGAAUUUUACUGAAAAACUGUCAAAACGAAUGGGCCGUUAACUGUCAAAUGGGCUCACUAAUAGCGGAUUCGACUGCCUGCAUUAAUGCGCAUUUAGUUCGACUUUUUUAAGUGGUGUCUGUUCGACUGGCAGAACCUAAUUAAUUAAAAGUCAAUUAUUGCAUUCGACUCAAAUUGCUCGGUACCAAGGCAUAGUGAAAUUUUUGUUCGACUGGCAGACGCUCUUGCUCAAAGGUCGAAUUUUUUGGAACUGUACUUUUUUUUCAGUGCCAGUGUCAUUUCGGAGGUUAGGAAUUGCUUAAUAUUUUUAAAUAUAUUACCAUCUUUAUUUUUAUUAUUAGUGGGAAUGGAAAAUCUUUGAAAUUAAUAGAGAUUUAAUUUUUGGUUUGGCAAAUAUAAAUAAAUAUCGUUAAAAAUUUGUUAGAAACCUGAAAUGUCAAGUGCUAACUGUGCCAGUCGAAUAACGAUAAAGAUGCGCUACACCAAUUUCGAACUCUAGCUCGUGCUUGCUGUGUGCACUGCUAGAUAUAAAUUUGAAUUAUAAAAAUGCUGUCCAAAAUCAAUUCAGAACUAAAAGCGCUUUGUCAUCGAGCAAGAGCAUUUGAGUCGAAUCCGCUAUAAGUAUAACCAAUACUAAAAUUUUACAGAACAGCCGUCGUAAAACCUAAAGGGUCAGUAAACUCUUAUUUUUUGAUUUUUCACAAUAAUUUUAUCUUAUUGUAGUUUUUUUACACCAUUUGAUAUCAAGGUUGUUUUCAGAAUGUAGAAAUGUCCAAAAUACCAAACAAUACUCUAAUAAUAUUAGGUGGUGGUGCAAUUAUAUAUAAACGUUUCAUAAAAUUUAUAACUGGAGAAGGAAAGUUAAACUGACCACAUAGAAACAAUUUGGGAGUUUCCAUACAUCUCUUUUGAAUUGAUUUUGAACUGCAACUCAAACGUGCAACCAUGAGAAAAAUUUUGAAGUAAAGACAACAUGUUGAAACGCUGACAGAACGUCAAGAGUUACAAAAUGGCAAGCUGUUACAAUGUAGUUGGACAAUCGUCAAUAUUUAAAUAGUACAGCUACAUUGAAAUUUAUUUGCUAAAUGUGUACAGUCUUAUUUAAAUCUAAAUUAGUAAAACUUUUUUUAACAUAGGAAGGUCCAAAAAUGUUUCUUGGAUGUUCUCUAUAUGUAUAAAUUGUUUCUCCACUAAAACUACAUAGGUGUCACAUUUUUUGACACUUGGUGUACUACGUUUUUAGUGGUUGUUCGAAAAACACUUCCUUUCUGUCCAUUUCAGUAAUUGUGAUAUAAAAAGUUGUUUAACUUAACCAAUUUAAUGUUUCCGUUUGACAUAUGUUUAUAGGACCUUUUUUUAAAUGGUCUGUCUAUUAAUGUAGUAAAUCAAUUUUUGAAGCUUAUUUUUGUUACUUUUAGUAUAACUUUAAAAAUUGUUUAUUAAAUGGUGAACGGCAUAAUUGUUAUUAACAAAAUCAUAAUUAUUUACUCACAAAACAAAAUAUUUUAAAAAUGAUCAAACUCUUUAAUUACGUGAUUAAAUUUUUCACCUGCACUGUAUAUAUUUAUAUUAAGUAGAUUGAUUAUUUAUUUAUAUCAUAAUUUACUUUGUUUUGAAUUAGCGUACUUUAUUUAUAUAAUUUAUAUUUAUUUUUUAAUUUAACAUUUUAUUAACUAAGCUAAAAUAUUUGUUUUUAUCACUAAUUAUAAAUUUCAUGUUUUUUUGUAUCAGACUCACCAAUUAGGGCACUUUUUUAUUAUACUUAACUAUUUUAUAAACAAAAAAGUAAUUUUAUGGUAGAAAAUAUUAAAUCAAAUUAAAAACGGAGAGUUCUAACAUUUCCAUGUUUUUUUUUUCUAUAGUAAAAGUAUACAGAGUGAUUCAAUAUACGAUUAAAAAAUAUACAAUUGAGUGAGAAAUGUUAUUAAAAAAAUCCUUUCACAGGUCAUUUUGUUUUGAAAGUAAUUUUUUGAUGUGCAAAUUUCAUCACUCUUUCGACACUCUUCUCUCAUCAACUACUAAGAAAAAAUUUAAAUAGCACAAGUUAUUUGAAUUUUGAAAAUGGGUAUUUUUAAGUUUGAUCCUGAGAAAAUAAGUUGAGUUAUUCUGUAUACUUGAAACAGUCAUAGUUUCCUUAGUACUCUUCACUAUUUUUUAUAUCAUUAAUAGUAGUAGUUUGUAACUUCAAUAGUCACUUCCACUAAACAGUGUUCUGUAUUAUUUACUCCUUUCUAUGACUGUUAAUCACUGAAAAUUUAAACUAAAACUUAGAAAUCUAGGGUAGCUAUGUGUUAAGAGGCAACUUAAUGGAAAACAAAAAUUUUGUUGUCGGCUCAUGCAUAAUGGGUGUUUUAUAAAUUCGAUUAAAAUCGAAUAAAUCCGUAUUCAUCCAUUUUUCCGUUGGUUCUAUGUCCAUAAAUAAUAAAUAUUUGAUUAUUUGUCCUAUUUCCGAGCCUAUGGACCAUACGGAAUAUUUCCCGUCCCUAAAUGAAAAAAAAAAAAAAAUCAUUUCAAUACAAUAAAAAAUUGAUAUUAUUCAAUAAUUGCUUGAGGUAAUGCGAAUGGCGCAAAAAGGCUUAUUUAAAAGUUACAAAUUAAAAAGAUUCUUUCAGUUAGAAAAUAUAUUUGUUAAAGAAUCAAGACUUAGGCUACAGUUAAAUUGUCCAAUUUUUAUAAUAUGUUGGUACCACAACAUUUCCAUUUAUUAAUUCUACAGGGUGAUUUAAAAGUUUAUUAUGUUGCUUCUCAACAAAAAAGAAUGAGUGUUUAAUAAAAUUAAAAACAAGAAUAUACCUAUGAACUACAAAAAAAGCCUCACACAAGACUGGACUAUUAAAUAAAAUUAGGCCUUUAUUGAGUUACUACAAAAUUUGAAUUUAUUUGUUUUUGUAGUUCUUUAAGCUGUUAAAAGUAAAGUUUCAACUUUUAAAUGACCCUGUAUGUAUCAUUUCAGAAUUUUGAUAACGAUUUUAAAAACAUGUAUUUCUUUAUAAUAAUAAUAAGGGCCAGCCUAAGUACAGACUGAUUUGAAUCUUUUUGCGACAUUCAAUGCAAUAGAAAUUGUUUUGCUCAUUUCAGAGGUUGUUUUUUGGAUUCUAACUCAAAGUUAAAAAUCUAUUUUGAAAUAAAGCUGAAUUUGAUGUAUAAAAUAAAAAUAGGUCUAGAAAUAUUGUCUUUAAGUAGUCCUAAUUUGGAUAUAUGCAGUGAUGAAUGAAUAUGAAUUGUCUCUGUAAUACUAUUGUUAAAAUUUAGUUAUUGUUUUUAUGUGAUUGAUGUUACUUAAUAGUACCUAAUAUUUUUAAUAAAAUUAUAUCUGAUUAUUA